AUGGGUACUGGAUGGAGAAGAGCCUUUUGUACACGAGACCCUGAAUCUACUAUAUCAGAUAACAAGAAUCGAAGCCAGAGUCAAAGCCAAAGCCCGAGCCCAAGCUCAAGAAGCUGUGCUCGGUUGAGUUUUCUCUCUGGAGGUAGUAGUAGUAAUAGUUCUACUCCACGGUUGAAUCAAUCUCAACCAGCUUCAAGUCCAAGCCUGCGUUGUCGUACAAUAACUGAAGCAGCUUCUCAAACCCAUGAUAGCCCCAGAUUUCAAAGCAAAAGUAAUACUCCAACUCCAAGAGCAAACUCGGUGUCCAAUCCAAGUUCUCCUCGCUCUCCUUUGAAGUUAUCUCUCUUCAAAAACAGCUUCAAAUUUAGGAGUAGCUGCGGAAUCUGUUUGAAUAGUGUGAAAACGGGACAAGGAAUGGCGAUUUACACUGCAGAAUGUGCACAUGCUUUUCAUUUCCCGUGUAUAGCAGCACAUGUACGCAACCAUGCUACUCUUAUUUGCCCUGUCUGCAACGCCACAUGGAAGGACGUUCCAUUACUAGCGGCGCAUAAAAAUCUUGCUGCUCAACAAUCUCACACAACUAAUGAUAACUCUAAUACAAGUGAUGAUUCAAAACAAAAGGAAAAUCCUUCUUCAGUUUUCGGAACCAAGAACUCGAAUCAGUCUCAACCGCAGCAGCAACAACAACAUCAACAACUAAAGCAAUCUGAAUCAGCGCGAUCUUAUGACGACGAUGAGCCUCUUCUUUCUUCUAGCGCCGGUGGUGGAAGGAUUAUCACUAUUCCUGAAGUUGAUGAAAACGUGGAAGAUGAUGACGAUGACCACGACAACAACGGCGAGUUUCAAGGUUUUUUCGUUAACACCAACAAAUCCUACUCCGACGAUAUACAAUCCGGUGACGGAGAUUCAAGAACUGUUCAGGUGAAGUUAAUGCCGGAGUGUGCAGUUGUAUCAGUUUCCAGAACGCACGAAACAUACGCUUUGGUUCUAAAGGUGAAAGCGCCACCGCCGCUCCGCGGCGGAACCAACACUCUCGAUCCUUCACGGCGAGCACCGAUAGAUCUCGUAACGGUGCUAGAUAUUGGUGGAAGCAUGACCAGUGCAAAGCUUCACAUGCUAAAGCGCGCGAUGCGUUUGGUUAUUUCCUCUCUAGGACCAGCUGAUAGGCUUUCCAUAGUGGCAUUUUCUUCUAUUUCCAAAAGGCUUUUCCCAUUGAGAAGAAUGACGGCUCAAGGUCAGCGAAUGGCUCGACGCAUCGUUGACCGGCUUGUCACCGGUGAAGGAAACGGCUUAGCCGAGGCUUUGAGAAAAGCAACAAGAGUAUUAGAAGAUCGUAGAGAAAGAAACCCGGUUUGUAGCGUCAUGCUUUUAUCCGACGGUCAAGAUGAAAAGGUUCAUAACUCUAGUAACAAACAAAAUCAACGCAAGACAUUUAGCCAUGCAUCCUCGACCCGGUUUGCUCACAUUGAAAUCCCGGUUCACGCGUUUGGGUUCGGUAGUAAAACCGGUUACAGUCACGAACCGGGAGAGGAUGCAUUUGCUAAAUGUGUUGGUGGACUUUUGAGUGUGGUAGUUCAGGAUUUGAGAAUUCAAUUGGGCUUUCAGUCUGAUUCGGCCCGGGCUGAAAUUAGUGCUAUGUAUUCCUGCAGUGGUAGGCCCACGCUGCUGAGCUUAGGAGCCGUACGGCUCGGCGAUUUAUAUGCUGAAGAAGAAAGAGAACUAUUGGUUGAAAUGAGAGUUCCAGCUUUGGGUAUGGGGCCCCGGGCCCACCAUGUGAUGACAGUACGGUGUCUUUAUAAGGACCCCGCAAGUCAAGAGAUAGUAUACGGUAGAGAACAGGGACUUACAGUGCAGCUUCAUCAGAAUCAUUCCCAAACCGUUCGAUCAUCGCAAACUAAGAUCGAAAGGCUGAGGAAUCUGUUCAUAACUACCCGAGCCAUAGCUGAGUCAAGGAGGCUUCUAGAUCAUAACAGUAACUUCACAAGCGCUCAUCAUUUACUUUCUUCAGCCCGUGCGCUUUUGAUUCAAUCUGGCUCGGCUUCAGCUGAACAGUAUGUUCGCGGCUUGGAAGCUGAGCUUGCAGAACUUCAUUGGAGGAGACAACAAGAACAGGUUCAUGUUGAGGCUCAGCAGCAACAAGUGAUGCAAAGAAGAAGAGGAGUUGAGAGAGAGAUGAAUUGUAAUAUGGUGGAUGAAAACGGUGAGCCGCUUACACCUACAUCGGCUUGGAGAGCGGCUGAGAUGCUGGCUAAGAUGGCUAUGGUUAAGAAGUCUUUGAAUAAAGUUAGCGACUUACACGGCUUCGAAAAUGCUAGGUUUUAA